CUCGGCUUCUAAUGGUCUGUGCCGUCCGCUCGUAGCUCCCGAACUCCGCCUCACUCGUGACAGGAUUGGUCGAGCGGAGGAGUCACGUGCUUCAUUUAACUCCCAUAUUUCUGUCAACCUCGGUCGCGAUGAUUUACCGUCCGUUUAUUUUCUGAUUUAUCUCCCGGUGAGACAGCUAAUUUAGAGGCCUCAUCCUUUUAAAAGUAAGCCCCCUUUAUAAUAAAACUGGGCCCGGAAAAAAAGGUGUCCCGCUAGGUUAUUAUGAAUUCUAAUGUCGUGUACGCCUCCGUUUGCCGUAACGGAGGGGACGCGACGGCUUACGGGACGGCGGCCAACCCGCAGCCGCAACAACCGUUGUACAACGGCGGGACUACCGCGGCUUCAGCGGCCGGCGGAGAUUCGAUAACUGCAUAUUACCACCACCAACAGAAUUCGGAUCGUCUGAUACAACCUGCUGGACCUUCUUACCUUCCUACAACUCUAAUGACCCCUUACUCGAGCGCACAUGAGUUGCGGACGCCGCCGCUGCACCCUGAGGCGACGAACGGUCAUCCUACACCACAUCAGAUCAUCAGUGAAAGCAAUGGACUUAGUUACACUAAUCUUGACCAAUCUCAUUUUCACCAACAACAGCACCAUCAGAGAGUGGGACAUCCCAGUAAUCCUACACCGACGUACCACCACCAUCACCACCACUCACCGUACAGUGCCGUAGCUGACGUAGCCCCUCGAAACGCAACGUACCAUCACCCGUAUCGAAACCUCGACUAUUCCUACGAAAUAAGUGGUCAUCAGGCGCCGGACCAUCCUCAAGGGGUCCCUCUCGGACCCGAAGGGGCCCGCGUAGUCACAGGAUUCGGCGUGCCACCUUCUACUUAUCCGUACUUAGACUCCUUGAGCCUAUCGAGAAGAAACGGGUACGGUGGUUAUGAAAAUUAUGAUCCUACAUUAAGAGAAAGUUGUCAGAUGAAUGGGGGGUACCAGUACGGUUCCCCUGUGCACAGGAACCGCUUGCCGACUGCUCAACCCACACCGGUACCCACUUAUAAAUGGAUGCAAGUGAAAAGGAGCGUACCGAAGCCACCUUCAAAACCAGAUUACAAUGGUUAUAAUUCAUCAACGCCAAACAGCAACGAUCCAAACGGAGGUCCGGGCACAGGGCGAACUAACUUCACAACAAAGCAGCUAACCGAAUUGGAAAAGGAAUUUCACUUCAACAAAUAUCUCACUAGAGCUAGGAGAAUAGAAAUUGCGACAGCUCUACAUUUGAAUGAGACACAAGUAAAGAUUUGGUUCCAAAAUAGGCGAAUGAAGCAGAAAAAACGAAUGAAAGAGGGUCUCAUACCAACAGAUCCAUCGAGUUCGGGAGGUGAAACUGGUUCCUCACCGCCAUCUGUCACGGGCUCUGUACCUGUGAGCUCAUCCAAUAGUGUUCCUCCUGCCUCUGUUGUUACAGGCGGUCCACUUACAUCACCGGACAAUAGUCAGUGACAUAACAGAAACGCAACGGACAACAUGAGUCCCUUUCCCUUCAGCCAUAAAUGCUCAAAAGAGAUGGUAAGUUACUGCACACUCUCUCUUAACAGCUGAGUAUACCGCGAAUUAGUUCACCAGAAACUGAUUUGAACUCUCUGGAUAGUGAAGUUUACUAAAAGGAGGAAAUCGAACAUCUUGCUCUGAAAAGACUUGAAAAAGAGCACUUAGACCAAGUAAAGUUUCAUACCGGGAACUGAUUAUCAUUUAUGUACUUAACACUUUAUUAAAGAGUCAACAGUGUACGGACAUGCGUGAUGUGAUAAGUAAAGAGUAACUUAAAACGUUACUCUCAGCAUUUUUAACAUAUUUAAUUAUUAGAUUUCAUGUUUUAGGGAAAAUGCUAUUAUCUCUGACAAUGUGUUCAUGUUUCACUUGAAACUUUCUUAUUUUCCUGCUAAGAUGAAUAUUGAACUUAAAAUGUAAUUUAAAUAGGAAAAAUACUUAAAACGUUAAUAGCAUUCUCGUGUUACAAAACAGGAUAUAGAUAAUGCUACAGUAAAAUAUCUAUUCGCAUAAAUCAGUCUUUAUGUUUUACGCUUGAUGUGAAUAAUUAAAUAUUGCUUGAGGUUUUGCUGAAAACUACAAAAAUAUGUAACUUUACGCAAGAAUUGCAAGAAAUUGUAAACUGCAAGAAAAUUUUAUCCGAAUUUCACAACCAGGAUACUAUUUUAGUUUGAAAUUAAUAUUGAACAAACGUAAAAAGGAAAAAUUCUCUCUGUUCCUUCUUUUUAAAUGGGCAGAGUAAAUGUGCUUGUUUUUCUAACAGUAGUGUCUUAGAAUAUUGUAUCGAGUUAAAUUAUUGCAUCAAAAUAUUUUUAUUGAUGAGGUGAACACGAACACAAUUUUGGUUGAAAUAUUGAAAUUCUGUGUUUAAUGUAGGGUAUCAAAAUAUAACAGAAAGUAUUACGAAAUGUCUGUGCCUUUGAAUCAGAAAUCUUUUGAAAAGUUUUUACUCGAAUUUUAAUACUUUUUGUUGCCGACAAAUUAUUUAAGAAUCAUUCCUUUCUAAGAAUCCGAGAAACAACGCUUUACUUCCGUCUCAGAUUCAGCCUAAACGGUAGAAUUGAGCUACAUUCGGUAUUGAAAAAGAGAAACGAACAGGUUUCUUGCACAAGCAAUUUUAUUCAUAAAGACAUUUUGUAACUUUCUUACAGCUAAAAUGAAACGGAUUUUUAACGUGAGUAAAUUAUUUUCUUAUUUCGUUAGUUAGAAACUAAAUAGCAACAUUUGCUCCUCUUUUCCUGCAAAAGUUUAUAUACGAGGCUUAUAACUUUAAUGUUUGCAACUAUUUGUUCGAAACUGAUAAGAAAGAGACACUUUUAUGAAACUUUUGAAGUCCUUCGAUGUAGUUAAACCCAUUGCCAGUGAUCUGGAAGUCCUAGUACACCCACAGCAGCCUCUGUUCAGUUGAUGGUUUGAAUGGGACAGUCUAUUUCCUUACGAAUCUCGGGAACAUUUCAAAACAAAUGUCACAAAAUGUUUUCUUUAUUUUAGGAAACAAAUCAUUAUCACAGAGGCUUAAGCUCGAGGAAUAGGUAGAUAGCAGAGCAUUUUCCAUCCCUUAUUAAGCGAACAAACCACAUUCACUUUGCGUUACGUAUCCAAGCCUUCUCGUGUAAAGUGGUAGGAGGAUAUCCCAGAAAUCAUGUUUUUUUUUUUUUUUUUUUUUUUUUUUUUUUUUUUUUCCCCUCCACAUAGCUGUUCACGAGUCACAUUAAGAAGAUAAACAGUAAUACUGAAUAUUCAUUAACUGUCCUUGAGGAAAGCCAUCACAUUCAUGCAGGAAAAUCUCCAUAACUUUCACACUGCUUGAGUUCUGAUGAACUUUAGAUUGUCGUGGUGAAGCUUCAUGAUACCACUUUUGGCAUUUCAGUUUUGGCUCAAACAUUCUAGAUCAUGUCCCAUCUUGUUUUAUGACAUGGUGUAAGAAAGCUUCCCCUUUGCGCUCACAGAACUUCAAGGGAGUUUCAUUAGCAUAUUAUCGUAGGCAUUUUUUGCAUUUCCAAGAAUUCCAAUGUUACUGUUUCGAGGAGAUCAUAGCUAGAUAUUUUUAGACAGCUAGCUCACAAAAGACACUAUUCUCAUUGCAUUUUGCAGGAAUGUACGUAGAUUUGUAAGUGAGAACCCUUUUCCUGUAAAUUUUUUCCUUUCUUUCAUUUCUGUAUUAAUUUUUCUGUUCCCUUACGCCUACAGCACUUCCUUACUGCAAGACUAGUUCAUUUAGUAUCAGGAUUGGUCUUUCAUGACCCACGAAAAUGCAUGUACCCUCAUUUUUCAAAAAUAGCAGAAGUAAGCUUAAAAUUUUUAAUUUUUUAACUAUUAGUCUAUGCUGAACGUAGAGGAACCUGUUGAACUGUGAAGCGAUUUAUCUCUGAGUUCAAGUGCGUAACGACAAAGCCCAGAGAAGGGUUAAAAUACCUUUUAUUCACUCAAAGAAAUAAUAACAGUUGGCCCCUUUUUAAACUUACAGGAAGCCUACACUUGGGCUUUAAAUCAAGAUAAGGAAAUAAGAAACUAAUCUAAUUCUAAACUAAACUGACUUAGCAGAAGCUGCGCACGAUUACCUAGCGUAUUUGACGUUUAAUUAAAUUAGCCGCGACUAUCAACAGACACGUACCAUAAGGCCGAGCGUAGUUGAUUUAAUACGAAAUAGCUUGGCAGCAAAUAUGCGCCACUAAGGAUUCUUAAGCUCUCCUACUGAAGUAAGCUGAACCUUCUUUAAAUAUUCCUUAUACCUCAUUUAAAUGCAACGUGAUACUAAAAACUCAUUCUGGUAGGGAGUUGUAAGUGGGAGGCAAAAAUUUAAAGGAAGGGUUUCAAAAUUAAAAAUAACUGUUAUAAAACUUAAAUAAACUUUAAACUUUAAUAAAUCUUAAUUUAAAUAAACCUUAAAACUUUCAUAUUGUAAAUAAUGCAUAAUAUAAAAGAAGGCAUGUUCUUUUCUCAAUUCCUAAUGCUUUAUCAAAAUGUUUGCCGUUCAGUGGGCAUGCAUCUUUGUAUUGAUGUUAAAGGACAAAACUCAAAGUACGGCUGCCCUAUUAUUCGUGUAAAAUUUCAAAAAAAAAAAAAAAAAAAAAAAAAAACAUUUGUUAGUAUUAUAAAAGCUAAACAAACUUACAUAAUGAUAUUUGUCAUUUUCUCAUUGCAAUUAUCCAAACGUUUGAUAUUUUUUACAUAGCAGAAAGUUCAUAUACCAAAUGUUUAAAAAAUUAGCAAUCACCACAUAGAUUCUUUACUUCUUAAGUAUUUGGAGUCACAAUUAUUUCUGGGAGAAAUAUAAAUCAGUUCAGGAUUCAAAAUUAAAUCAGAGUUAAAAAUUAAAGCGUCAUAAAAUUAAAAAAAAAUCAAAUAUUGGUACUAAAUAUGGUUAUUAAAUUUGGUUAUUUUGAUUAUUAAAUUAUGUAAAUUAAUAGCAUUAUUAAGAGGACAUAAUGCUUCAAUAAAAGACAUGAAGAGAAUAAAUAGCAGGAUGCUUCAAUAAAUAACAUGAAAUAUAUAACUUUUAAGAGAUUCCAGAAAAGAAAAUUUUAUAGUCUAAAAUAGUUUUAUUAUUGAAGAAGGCAAUCCUUAUUUUCUAAUAAGUGUUUUGCGAAGUUAUCUUAAACAUUCAGUAUUUUCAAGUGGAACAUGAGCAUAUGUAAAGUGAAAAAAAAAAAAAAAAAAUCACAGCUGUUUCAAAAUUUCUGAGGGUUAAGAUCGCAUGUAUUUCAUCUUGUCGUAAAAACGAUCAUGUAUUAAAAACUGUGAAUAAGUCCUUUAUUUUAAUAAAGAAGAAAUCUUUUUAGAAGUUUUAAGUUUAACGGAAAUGUCUUUCAUGGGAAGAAAAAAAGCAGCAAAUGUAAAGAAUUAGUUUAAUUCCGAAGAAAGUGCACUAUUUAUGGGAAAAAGACAGCUGAAGAAACUGCUUGUAAAAUUACAGAAUAUAAAAGUAUAUUUAUGUACAAAUUGUUCUGAAUGUUUUAAGCUUUUGUGUUACAUUAUGUGCAACAGAAAUUCAUAUCAAAAGUUAAUAUUUUGGCAAGAAAUGCGAGAAACGUUUCCUUUCUGAAAUAUAGUUAUUGCGAUUCCAAUAGUUCAGUAACAUUUGCUCUUUUUUCAGUUAAUGUCAUCUAAAAAUUUGAAUUAUUACCUCGAAAGGUAUGGAAUUGUAAAAUAUUAUCUGUUUUGUCAUUGUUAAGUUUUCAGUAACGCUUGACAUGUUAUUACUUGCGAAUGUAUUACCUGAGAGUAUGUGUCCAAAUAAAAAAAAAUGGCGAAACAGAAAAGAUGAAAAAAAAAAAGUUAUGUAUGUGUCUCCUCAUAUUAUUCACAAGUCCCCUGUUAACAUAGUAAUUUUUAUUUUUAUUGUUAUUUUAUUGCUUAUUAUUGCUUGCUUUGAAUAUAUUUCGUGGUCGAAAAGCAAUAUUUUAUUUAUUGUGAAAAAAAAUUUGAAAUUUAAAGAGAAAAUUUUUGAUUGCAUAAUCUAGAAACGAUAUAAAAAUUGAUAAAAUAAAUAAAAACUAGCAUUUUUAUUGAGAGGUAAACUUUUGCGCUUUGCUAUAAAAAUUUCUCACAUAUAUUAGGCUCCUUUAAGCGCUCUCAACAAUAGAAGGAUUUUAAUUUAAAUAUGCAAGUAUUUGUAAAUUUAGAUACAAAUGCUUAAGUUUUAUAAUAUUUGUGACUUCUUGGAAACAUAUCAAGGAAUUUUUGACGCACUUAGGAAACAUUACACAUGGAAAUUCAAUAAACUUUUAUUACUUACGUGUUGCUUUCAGUAACAGUUACUUUAAAGAAAUGGUUUUUUUUAUGUUGAAUGAAUCAUAUAAUUAUAAAAGUAUAUAAAUAUUUCUUAGAAAUAGCUUUAGUAAGUAUUUAAUACUUUGUCAAAGUUUUAUUUUUUUUUUUUUUUUUUUGCAAUUUUUUUAAAAGUAAGAAGGCUGAUAAAAGCUUAAUUUAUAUUUUUAACUGUUUUAUUUUAGAUUUCUAAUAGAUUUACAAACCUGUAUUUUAUGAACAAAACGAAUCAAAAAAAUAAAAUUGCGAAAUUUAUUGUAAAGAUGUAGUUAUUAAACAUCAUAAAUUUAUUAUAAUUUCGAUUAUGAUAUAUAUAUAUAUAUAAAUCAAAUUUUAAGGCGUUAUAUAAUAAUAGAUACUAAUAUUCAAAAUAAUAAAUUGUAGUUUCAAAGAUAUGAAAUCGCUACUUCUUUAUCAUGUUGUGAGAGAACAUUAUACAGAGCAUUUGAAAAUAUACUGUGCCCUUGCACAGAUUCGAAUACGAGAUCCCAUAUUAACCGCAUUGACAUGUUAAAUGAUGCGUAAGAGCUCGUGAAGGGAUAAAUGCCUUUAAUAUCUUACAUUAUCUUCACCUACAUUUCUCUGCAUUAGUUAUUUUGUAUCUUCUUCUGAAGUAUAUUCUUUAUCAUAUGAAAUCAGAAGAUUAAGUACACACUAAAAAUUAAUAAUAACUGGCUUAGAACUUUGAUAGGCGUUAUGAUGUAAGGUUAUGUUAUUAAUCAGUAAAUAAAACUUACAACCUGGGGAAGAAAAAAAAACAACCCUUGCCCAUAAUAACAUUUCUUAAUGAGAAAUUCUUCUUUUUUUUUUUCCAGUUUGAGAAUGGCGUUUGAAGCAAUACUUUAGUCAUUUGGAGUCAGUUUCUAAAUUCAUCCCCAAAAUCAAUCAAAAUAGCUUAUAGCUCAAGAACACAGAAUAGUCAACGAAUUAAUUCAUUUCCGAAAGAUGAAAAUAAGUUUCAAGUCACUUUAUUAUGUCCCUGAUACUUAAAAAGUAAAUUUUAAAUAUUUCUGCUUAAAAUAGUCACAUAAAAUAUUAAAGUCCUUUUACAUUUUCCAUCAAAUUCUGAAAUAUGCAGUAAAUAUAAUUUAAAAAGAAUCUCUGGUUCGCCAUUUUUUUUGUUUUGCUUACUAAUUAUUAUGCUAAAGAUUUUCUUGUCUCUGUGUUAGCAAGAUGAUUAUCUUGUUUUAGGGCGUUGAACUUACGUUCAAGUAUUAUGAAACCGAAUUAUGUAUAUAGUUUACCUUUUUUAACUUUGUAAAUACAUUUUUUACAAAUUUUUGUUUGAAAUUAAAGUGGCUGAUAAGGUAUUCAUAAAGUUAUAAAUAUUAAACAUAUUUAGGUUUGAAACAGAAGAUUUUAAUCAAAACUGAAUGAAAAUAAUAUUGUAUAUACACAAAUCAAAUUAUAUUUUAUAUUAUCUAAUGUUUUAUCCCAAAAUGGAAGGGCUUCUAGAAAUUUCCUAUUGUUGAAUUAAACACCUGUCGGCCACUUUAAAACAUUUCUCAAAACUUAAAUUAUUAAAUACGUUGAUUAGUCACUAUUUGUACACUUUACCAAAUAUGUCUUUGAAUUUAUGUGUGAAUUAUACCUGUAUAGCUAUUUAAUGUUUUACUCUGUGUCAAAAUUUGUUUGGAUUUUUCUAUAUUCUGAUGUUAGAGUAGAUGGGCAUUGAAAGGCGAGAAUGGAAAUACAUUUACUUCUGUCCCAAAUUAUUUUCUUGUGUCUACCAUACAGGCAAACAAAGGCAUCUGCAUUUUAAUAAAAGUAUAACUAAAUUAUUCAAUGAAUAGUUUAAGAUAUUUUAGUGAAAAAAAAACUCUUUAAUUUAAAAAAAAACUCUUUAAGCGCAAAAUUUAAGUCAAAUAGCUUUAUUUAACUUGUAUUUUAUAUUAAAUAUAUAUAUUUUUUAAACUUACGUCGGCUUCAUUUCGUGUGAAUGUUCUUUUAUUUAUUUGACGCUAAGCAGAUUAAAAUGAAUUUUAUGCUAUUCUUCGGUCAUAUUAAAUUACUGGUGGAGAAAGUGUUCCAACUCAAAAAUCCAUAAUCAGUUAUGAUCUGUUAUCGCAGGUUAUUUUCUCGCAUUAAAUCAAGACGCAUAAUAUUGUAAAACUCUUUAUUUCUUUACUGAUAGAUUUCAAUCAACUGACUAAAAUUAGGUAAAAUAGCAAACUUAGUUUGGCGUAGAUUUUGAAUAAAAUUCUAUCGAUUUCGUAGGCCGACAGACAUAGGUCUAUGGCUCACAGGUCCUUUUUCUUCAGGAACAAAAAAAAAAUUUCAAAAUGGAUACUUGGAUAUUUAGAUUUAUAUUGGUCUUCAGCUACUUCUUUUAAGUAGCUUUUUCCAGUCGUCUCUCCUCCUAUUUUGUAUAAAGGUUUAGCUCCUGAAGAAAACGGACCUUUUUCUGUUCAGCCUCGAAAUCGAUAGAUUUUUACUACUCCAAAUUAAAGUUUAAGUUUUGUCCAGUUUGAUUAACUUGUCUAUGCCUCGAAUGCUAUAUGCUUCCCUAUUUUUAUUUCUUAUUAAACAUCAUACAAUCUGUUCACAUGACUUUACUCGGAGAAUCUUAUUUAAUGACAAAUACUUUAAGACAAUUAAAGGCAAGUUGUAAUCAGAUUAAUUCAAUAAAUUAAAGAAACAGCUUAAGUUAAAAUAUAAAAUUAUUCAAUGCAGAUUUGUAGACCAGUACAAUAUUCAAAAUUGUAAAUGGAGACUUAAAAUUAGUUAAUGUGAGGUACCAUCAUAUGAAUGAAGCAGUAGAAACUACUUUAUCAUUUUUAAAACUAGGAUGUAGAUGCCUUAGUUUAUUGCCUUGGUUACUUUUACUGCUUAAAUAUACCACGACACAUAUGCACAUCACAUUUGCAUUAAACUACAUAAUGAAUAAAAACAUGUAGCACAUUUUUCCUUAUUCAUGUGUGUCAAGAAAAAGAUAUCAAUGUACUUUAAUCUCAUAUUUGCGUAAGCAACAGUUGCCAGUGUUUUAUUGUAAAAUAAUUAGUAUGUAAAUGUUUUUAAUUCCAGCUGCUACCCUGUAUUACUAAAAGUAUUUCUAUUCCCUCCAUACUUGUCAUAACGCCAUCGUAACAGCCUUAUGCCAUAGAUUAUCAUACUGGUAUUUUCAUGAGAAAUAAAGACCGUUGCAAUUGUUUCGUUAA